GCAGGGCGGGGUUGCGCCAUUUUGAAUGUGGAUAGUGGAGUGUGGGAGGAAAAGGCUGAAGGAGGAUUGUUGGACUGGUUCAGAGGGACUUCAGCUUGAGAAAGGUGGAGAGAAAAUAAAGCGGCCAGAACACAUCCGAGAUUUAUUAUCUAGCACAGAUUUUAAUUAUUUCGUUGGUGCAAUAACACAAACCUCGGGAAAGUUAUCAGCCGCUGAGAUUCCCUCCCUCUCUCUCUCUCUCUCUCUCGCCAUGGCAGGUGCCGGAGGCGGGGGCAACGACGUGCAGUGGUGCUUCUCGCAGGUCAAAGGAGCAAUCGAUGAUGACGUAGCCGAAGCUGAUAUCAUCUCUACCGUGGAGUUCAACCACUCAGGGGAGCUGUUAGCCACCGGAGACAAAGGCGGACGCGUCGUCAUCUUCCAGCAAGACACUGAGAACAAGGCACAGUGCCGCAGCGACUACAACGUUUACAGCACGUUCCAGAGCCACGAGCCCGAGUUCGACUACCUGAAGAGUCUGGAGAUCGAGGAGAAGAUCAACAAGAUCCGCUGGCUGCCACAGAAAAACGCCGCACAGUUCCUGUUGUCCACGAACGAUAAAACUAUAAAGUUGUGGAAGAUAAGUGAACGCGAUAAGAGACCAGAGGGUUACAAUCUGAAAGAGGAGGAUGGCCGCUGCAGAGAUUCGACCACCAUUACUACUCUACGGGUACCCGUGUUCAGGCCCAUGGACCUGAUGGUGGAGGCGAGCCCUCGGCGUGUGUUCGCGAACGCUCACACUUACCACAUCAACUCCAUCUCAGUAAACAGCGACAACGAGACGUACCUGUCCGCCGACGACCUGCGCAUCAACCUGUGGCACCUGGAGAUCACCGACCGCAGCUUCAACAUCGUGGACAUCAAGCCGGCCAACAUGGAGGAGCUGACGGAGGUGAUCACGGCGGCCGAGUUCCACCCGCACCAGUGCAACACCUUCGUCUACAGCAGCAGCAAAGGCACCAUCCGCAUGUGCGACAUGCGCGCCUCCGCCCUCUGCGACAAACACUCCAAACUGUUCGAGGAGCCAGAAGACCCCAGCAACCGCUCUUUCUUCUCAGAAAUCAUCUCUUCCAUCUCGGACGUUAAGUUCAGCCACAGCGGCCGCUACAUGAUGACCCGAGAUUAUCUGUCCAUCAAGAUCUGGGACCUGAACAUGGAGAGCCGGCCAGUGGAGACGUAUCAGGUUCACGAAUACCUCAGGAGUAAGCUGUGCUCGCUCUAUGAAAACGACUGCAUCUUCGACAAGUUCGAGUGCUGCUGGAGCGGGAACGACAGCGUGGUGAUGACGGGCUCAUACAACAACUUCUUCCGCAUGCUGGAGCGCACGCAGCGGCGAGACGUCACCCUGGAGGCGUGCCGUGAGAGCUGUAAGCCCCGGCAGGUGCUGAAGCCGCGGCGCGUGUGCGCUGGCGGGAAGAGGAAGAAGGACGAGAUCAGCGUGGACAGCCUGGACUUCAACAAGAAGAUCCUGCACACGGCCUGGCACCCGCACGCCAACAUCAUCGCCGUGGCGACCACCAACAACCUCUACAUCUUCCAGGAGAAGGGCAACUAGGAGCGAACGACCAACCUCACACACCUCCCACACCUCCGUCUGCGUACGUGCGUGCGAGUGUGUGACUGUGUGUGUGUGUGUGUGUGUGUGUGUGUGUGUGUGUGUGUGUGUGCGUGCACGUACGUGGAGAAAAAGUUAAAGAGGAACUAGAGAAAAUAGUUUUUGUGACAACCAUCACCACUACUGUCGUCAUCUUUAUCAUCACGAACAGGACGGGGCGGGGCAAACUGCCGCCAUGACGCUGUACCGAGACAGCCGUGACACACGCCGUCCACUCUGUGUACCCACAAUCCUCUCCUCUUACCCAUCAGGCCUGGCUACAGGGCCACGUUGGCCACAGGUUCUGAAAUGUCAGUCAUUUUGUCAUUGUCUUUUUUUUUGUACUUGUCGAAACCUUCGAACUAGGAAUGUGCCGAUAAUCAAUUACGCAAUACAUCGCAAUAUUUGCAUAUAUUAAUAUUCUUAACGUGUACUUUUCAAACACAAACGAGAAAGUCCAUAAUUCCGUGCAGCGGACGAGGAUUCCGGCCGCCUCCGCAAUACGAUACUGUAUUGCGAUAUAAAUAUUUAAUAUCAAGCACAUACCUAAUUCGAAUGAGUCCCUGUAUUCUUUACACCUCAGCUCUUUUUGGUGCCAUUAAAGUUUUUUUUUUUUCUUUUUUAAUCUUCUCAGUGAAAUUGCCAAGUUGUUUAGGUUGUUUUAAUUCUGUUUAAAGAAUUUUGUCUUUCUUUUGCUCAAUAAAUUCUCCUCUAUACUGUACUCAAACCACAUGGUUCCAUUCAGCCAUUCAUUCCCAAAAUACCCACAGUACUUUUUAAUAUGCAUUCACACGUACAUACUCGCACGUAAAGAACAAAGAAGGCCGGUCGCGGUGCAGACGAGCCCGUGGCAGUAUUGUAGUCGUGUGAUUUGUUUGCCACCGUUUGUUUGACCUCGACAUGCUCCAACAGACUGAUGAACUCUUGUUUGAAAUUUUUUUUUUUCCUUUCUGUUCCCACCUCUCUGUCUGUCUCUCGUUGCAAGCUGAGAAAGAUUAUAGAGAUUAUGACAAUGGAAAUAAUGGUAUUUAUAAACUGAACAAACAUUA